AUGAAUUUUAUUUAAAGAAAAAUUUUUUUAUUAAUAACCGUAACUUACUAUCUAAUAUUUAGGAUUCGACAUACAGAUAUCAAUAUUGAAAUAUAUUUAAAAUAUUUAUUAUAUGUUGUUUUAUACAUUUAAUUUAUGUACCAGUUUGAAAGGCUAUUGAGAAUUCAUUUUUUAGAAUAAUAGAAAAUGUUGAUAAUUUUUAAUUAAAAUAACAAAAUUCAAAGAUGUAAAGAGUUAUUAAAUUAAAUAAGAUGAAAGAAAAUUAUUAAUUUGGUUGAAAAAAAUAACAAUAAAAGAAUCUUUAAAGAGAAUCAUAAAGAAUUUCUCAAAAUGAUUAAUAAUAUGUAAUUUUCUAUCCAAAAUUAUAAAUCAAGAGUUAAUAAAAUUAUAUAGGUUGAUAAUUACUUUCCUCAAAAAAGCAAUCUCUCAAAUAAUUACUAUUAAAUUAUACCCAAAAUUAAGAAAGUAGCGAUAUAAUUAACAAAACAUUUUAGAAUAAUUUAUACUCCUUUUAGAUAAUAGAUUCAUUUAUAUGGAUUCUAUUACCAAUAAAUUUUUGCUUUAAGUAUAUUUUAAAGUUUCGACAUAUAACCUAUUAUUAUUCUUUUGGUAGUUGAGAAACACAAGAUAAAGAAAUAAAAAUUAAGAAAGAAAAACUAUUCAAAAUAACUUAUUUUUAUUUAAUAAAUGUUUGAUUGAUAAAUAAAAAAUCUAUUAUUUAUUUUAGAUGGAUUUACAAUUUUGCAGAUAAACAAACAGAUGGAAAACAAAUAAACUAAAUAAUAAAAUUGAUUAACAAUAAUUUUAUUAGAAGUUACACAAACUUUGUAAAUUUUGAAAUAUUUACAUAAAAAAGAAUGUUAUCUCCUAGAAUAAGAUAAAUUUAAUCUAAUUUUUAUUUAUUCAGGAUGUGAUUUCUUUUUAUGAUGGAUAUUUCAAAUAAAUCUUAAAAUUCUAUUUAAUAAUUCAAAAUAGUUAAUAAUUUAAGAACUAUCAAUAUUACAUCAGAUUUCAAUAUAAGAAAUUAUUAUUAUUCAAUCUUAUUCAUAAUCCAAGUGAUAAAUAAUAAACAAUAACUAUUAUUUUAGAUGAAAUGUAAACUGAAUUUUCAUAAACUCCCAUAAUUAGUAUAAAAUUAUUGUUUGAAGCUCCAAAUUUAACAAAGAUUCAAUUAUAAGAAUUAGCAAUUUUGUGUCUAUAAUUUUUAGAAGAAUUAAAUCAUAAUAGUAUAGUUCUUUUAGAUUUUGAUCUUGCAGUUACUUUUGAUAAUGGUAAUAAAAUUAGGGCUUUUUGUAAAAAUUGUUCAUUUAAAACGAAAACUAAAUUAUUGAAGAAUUUUUUCUAUUCCAAAAGGUCAGAGAAGGCUUUUUAUUGA